CAACUAUUUGCUGUGAGCCAAAAGGAUGAAUAAUAGCAACGAUAUUUAUGAGAUCGAUUGUAUUGAAGAUGAGAUUCAAUUUGAUGAAGAUCGUCAAGUGAUUGAAAGUGUGACGAAUCAUUUAUUGAAUAGUGUGGAGGGACAAUUUGAUGACGAUUCAAGUGAUAUUAAUUGUUUGACUGGUGGACUUAUUAAGGAAGAGAAUGAUAAUGAUGAUGGUUAUAUUAUUCUUGGUGAUGAAAAUGAUAAUGAUGUUAUUUUUGUUGAUAGUACGCAACAAUCUCAGGAACGAAAAAUUUCAUAUGCGUCCACUGGUUCACAAACAUGUUCAUCAUAUACGUCUACCUGUUCACAAACGUAUUCAUCUUAUUCAUCGUAUACUGAUUAUACUUCAUCUCAGGAGAAAGAUAAAUUUUCACCACCUUGGAGUAAACGUCUUGUUUAUGAGGAGGAAAGUCUAAAAUUUUUGGCCAUGAGAAAAGAAAAACAAAUGAAAGAACGAAAGUGGAGAAGCUUCGUUCAAAAACAUUGGCCCUCCGAAGAAAAAUUUAAAAAAAGACACAGAAAUUCAAACAAUCAAGCGAAGUUAUUUUUCCCUCAGUUUCGAUUAUGUGUAAAAUACCUUCAUCAACAACCAGUUUUCUCUGCUCAUCAAAAAGAGUCACAAUCAUCAUCCUCAACUUUCCCUAACCAUCAUGUUUAUCAAAAUAUUUAUCCUUGGAAUCGAUUGGAACAAUUUGUUGACCAUCUAUUAAGUCAAACCUUAUAUUCUGAUAAUGAUAUUAUUGCAAUUGCCAAACCAUUUGGAGUUGGUAUCUACAAUCCAUAUGAUAAGUCAAACCUUCCCGAUAAAAUUGAACCAAAUAUUUUUGGUGAUCCCAGAUAUUGUAUUGCUGACGCUUUGGAGACUCUUUCAGAAAAAUUGAAUACUCCUGAUCUGUCAAUAUGUAUCACUGAAAAUCGUAUAGUCAGUGGUAUUAUUGUGCUGGCCAAGUCUUCCAAGGGCUCAAAACGUACUAAAGAUGCGUAUCUAAGAGGAAAAAUGGCCAAAGAUCAAGUAUUCACCUUCCAUUGUUUAACCCACGGCCCACCGAUGAUGAAAGAACCAAUUGUUGAGGAAAUUGUUGCCAUUCAAGAGAUUUGUGUAAAUGAAAACACCAAACAGAAAGAACCAGAGAUAAUCUACAAUUUAAGCAAAUCACAAAUACGCAGGCGAGAUGAAAUCAGAAGAAUAAAGGCAAUUCUCAAAGUAUUGGACUACAAUUCGAGUUUAAAUGUGGCCUUAGUCGAGAUAAGUUGUAAUCGAACCAAUUAUCAUUUCGUCAGAUGUUAUUUAGCAAGUAGAGCUUGCUAUAUAUUGGGUGAUUCAAGAUUUUCACGUCGAGUUGGUCAUAUUUUAGGUGUACCAUAUUCCCUCAGAGCAGCAAAUAUGAAACCACGAGAAGAAAGUUUAACUAAUGGAAUACGAAAAAUUUUAGACGCCCCACCAAGAUCUCGACCACCACUUCAUAGUAAUGACAAAAAGAAAUUGGAUAUGUGGUAUGUUAAAUACCGAGAUCCACAUGACUCAGAUAAAAUUACCUCAGAUGGAAUAAUUAAAUUUUUACAAGAAUUACAAUUAGAACCGGCUGAUGUUAAAGUAUUAAUAUUCGCCUGGAAAUGUAAAGCUAAGGAACAAUGUAUGUUCACACGAGAUGAAUUUUUCACGGGUCUAAUAGAUUGUGGAGCAGAUAAUGUGGAGAAAUUAAGUCAACGGUUGAUGGCUCUUGAGAAAGAAUUGAGGAAAGAUGUCUCCAAAUUUAAGGAUCUUUACUAUUUUACCUUUAAUUAUGCCAAGAAUGAGGGUCAGAAAAGUUUAGACUUGGAAAUUGCUCUGGCCUAUUGGAAUAUUUUCUUUAACUCGGAUCCCUUUCCAUCAACCACAAACGCCGGUCCAAGUGGUAACCUUUCUAGGUCAUCUAAUAGUCAAGUACCUAUUGGAAUAGUUCCCUUUAGAUUAUUACCUUUAUGGUCUUAUUAUCUUAAAAAUCAUUACCAAAGGUCAAUAAGUCGAGAUACAUGGAAUCUUUUAUUGGACUUUAUCUGUCUCAUUAAGGAUGAUUUGUCUAAUUACGACGAAGAAGGAGCUUGGCCUGUUCUAUUGGAUAGUUUUGUCGAAUGGGUUAGAAAGGGAAACCAUCAAAAUGUCCAAUAACAAUCAAAAAAACACAUCACUAGGAACAUCAAAUCAACAACAACAACAAAAUAAAUCUAAUUGUGUAAAAAAAAUCGUAAAUUUGAUUAUCAUCAUGAUGCAUCAAGAGAAGAAGAAAAAACCAGAGAUAAACAAUAACAUCAAACAAAUCAUAUCUUCUAAUUAAAGUCACAUCAACACCAUUAAAGAUCCAAGAGAAAUGAGAGAA